UGUACAUACACAUGUUGUAAGUUCGUUUGUGUACUCCUUCAUCACAUCUGUUUUGUAGUUACAUGUCUUCUCUUAUUCUUGUCCUUCAAUUAACUGCGAUGUUAAAUGACAUCGGGCAAUUGAAGAAUUUCAAGUUUAAAGUUGAGAGAAAAGUAAAAAAUGAGGAUGCUCGUUUUUGAAAGUGAUGAAAUUUUCUCACAGAACGAUUCAAUUUUCAAAACAGUUAAUUAGAGUUAUUAUCUGAUCAAGAUGAGAUCCAAUUCGACUACACCUAGUAAAAUUAGCAUGCCAGUUGUGUGGCAUCAACAGGUCUUUGCUCUUGAUGCAAAAUACAAUUCUCAGAGAGCUGUUAUCAAUUCUAAUUUAGGGACGUUAUACAUUCGAAGACGAAGCCAACUUUUACAAGAAAAAUUACCGUGCAAAGAUUUCGACUUGCAAUCGCGAUAUUUAAAACUACGGUCCGAAUUACUACGACGUAGAUAUGGCACUUGUGCUGAUACCUCUAGCCUACCAUCUGAAAAAAGCUUUGAUAUUAACGGUAAAACAAGAGUCGUUGCUACAAAACCUGCUGUUGAAAGUUUUACUGGUGUGCAUCACGUGUUCGAUCAACAUACUGCUGCAAUUUCUGCUAUCAAAUUUGCAAAUAAUGACAAAUCAAGAUUCUGUUGCGCUUCGUUUGAUGGAACAAUUUCAAUUUGCGAAGCUGCGUGUAUACCACCAAGAAUUAUUGCUUUGUUACAAGGGCAUCAAAAAGGAGUAACAGCAAUUGACUGGAGUAUCAGUAAUGAUCUUUUAGUUUCUACUUCGUUGGAUGCAACAGUUAGAUUAUGGAGAAUCCACUCAGAUUUCAAAGCAGAUUGUUUGAGAGUUGUAUAUGAUCAGAUGAAAGCUGAAACUUUAUGCUGUGCCUUUGCUCCCACAAAUAAUAAUUUAGUUUUGGUUGGUAAUGCUCAAGGAAUGUUACAAAUUUUAAAUGUCUCUACUGGAAAGUAUUCACGUGGAGGCACAGUUAAAGUUGGAGGAAAGAUUUCCUGUCUAGUUUGUGAAGAAAGUGGAGGAACUUUAGUAUGGGCUGGAAAUGAUAGAGGUAUUAUGUUUUCAUUUCGUCUAGAAGCUAAUGUGGGAAAUUUAACAAAAUUGAAACGAAUGGAAGCUACUGGAGGGAUGAUAACUAGUUUAUCCUGGCGUCCUAGAUUAUCACUAGAUUUUCCUUGGCCAGUUGUAUUAGUGAGUAGUGCAUGUAAUGCAGUAUUACUGUACAGAGUUAAUGAUGAUCAAGGAACUCUUUCAAUUUGGAAAAAAUAUCCUAUUAAACACAGGCAAUACUUGGUUCAUUCAACAUUUUGCCCUCCAAUGAGUACUUCAUUGAUAGCAACAGGAUCAGAUGAUGGUUCCAUACAUCUGUUACAUACCGGGAAAGAUGCAAAGUCUGCUCAAGUGAACAGAUUAUUAGGUCAUUCAGCACCAGCUCUGUCAUUAUGUUUCAAUUAUGACGAAACUCUUCUAGCAUCUGGUGAUCAACAGGGUCUAAUCAUUUUAUGGCUAAAUAAGCAAUCUCAUACAUAAGAAACUGUUUCAGAAUGAAUUUAUUUUUAAAGUAUUAAGCAAAGUAAUGUUCAUGUGUUGUAAAUAUUAAUUUUUUAAUGAAAAAGAAAAAAUAAUAAUAUGAAUUUAAGAGACAUUGAUUUUAUCAUCAACUGAUAAUCAAUAGAUACUUACUGAUAAGCAUAAGCUAUGAAAAUUUUGUACAUAUUGAAAAUAUAUAUUUCAAAUAUUAUUCUUUUAA